UAUAUUCUUUACGAUUUCCAUUUUGACAGACUUUCGAAGGGCGGAGAUUGGGAAUCUCAUAGCGCGAGGAUCUCAGAUUCCUCCCUCAGAUUCCUCCCUCCUUCUCUCUCUCUCUCUCUCUCUCUCUCUCUCUCACACACACACUUUCUCCCUUCCUGCCUGCAAUCUACUCGGUCAGUCAACUGGUUUAAAUACCCGUGUCCAAAAACCCGGCAACAUCAAAAUAUUUCCUUCUAGACUGGUCUGCAUUGUUUCUUAAACCACUGUACGUUUUUGGCUAAGAUAUGGGUAAAAUUGGUUCUGCCGGCACCCAAAAUCGGACAAGCCAGAGAAACAAGAAUAAGCAGAAGGUCAGAGCAUCAAAUGGAUCAAAGCGAAAAAAGACUGAAGACAAAGAAAACCUUCCUGAAUGUGUUCAAAAGACAAAUGUACUUAAAAGAAAGCGGGAACCCCUUCAAUCAACUGGCAAUAUUUCUGAUCACUACCCUAAAAAGAAACGUGUGGUGUCAACACAGAAGGAAUUUUAUUCCACGUCAAAUAGGCCUCUUGGAUAUUGUUUGAUCAUAAACAACUACAACUUUGAGAGAACGUCACUUGGAAACCGGAGAGGGACAGAAAAAGAUAAAGAUGAUCUCACCAGAGUGUUUGAGAACAUGUUUUUCAAAGUUGAUGUGCGGAAUGAUUUGCAAGCAUCAGAUAUGCAGAAUGUGAUAAAGGAGCUUGCAGAGAGGGAUCACUCUCAGAUGGAUGCUUUUGUCUGCUGCAUCCUGUCCCAUGGAGAAAAAGGCUCUGUUCUUGGAAUAGAUGGAAAACCAGUUCUGAUCCGUGAACUCACACAGCCUUUUGCUGAAUGCCAAACUCUAGUUAACAAGCCGAAGCUUUUCUUCAUUCAAGCCUGUCAGGGUAAUGAGGGCCAGCAAGGUGUGUGUAUUGCAGAUGGACAGGAGAAUACCAGAGAAGAAAGAACAUUUGAGAAGGAUUCUCAUACUGUUGCAUGGCACGGUGUCCCUAAAGAUGCUGAUUUUCUCAUUGGAAUAGCAACGGUUGAGCACUACAGAUCUUUCCGCCACAUAAAAGAUGGGUCCAUCUUUAUCCAGGAACUCUGCAAACAGUUGGAAAGUGGCUUGAAAGAGGACAUACACUCCAUUUUGACAAAGGUGAAUAGAAUAGUGAGCUCCAAAAUCCUUCAGGGUUGCAAGCAGAUGCCUGAGGUUCGCUACACUCUAACCAAAACACUGGUCCUGCCCAUGAAGCAAAGGUCUUGAUUUAUUUGAGGCAUGACAAUCUGGCAUCCAUCUCUUCCUCUCUUGUGGGAAAAGUUCCAUUUGUAAUGCAUUUAGAAUAUUAUUAAUUCUGAAAAUAAUGUACUGUUCUUUGUACGUUGCUUUUUACAUCCAAGAUGAAAUCAUCGGGUUAAUCUGGCCAAUUCAGUUCUUUAAACGCACCUGUUGUUGAUGAUUAGCAUGGCUGGAUUCAGUUAUCUGAGAUAACUGCGCGUACAUGGGUUGCUUUAAGGGGUUAUGUAUCAAUACUCGAAACCACGAACAAUGCAGCAAUUGCCUGGUAUCAAAACAGCAACUUAAUCACAUUAUAUAAUUAUAAGGCACUUGACGAAAAACUUGACACAUUUCUGGACUUUUAUAAGGAAACAGCCAAGACAACAAAACUACAUAAAUGUUAUAAUAGAUAAAAGGGGGGGUGAAAU